GAGGGAGGGAGGGAGAGAGGCUGAGAGGCAGAGGGAGAGCUGAGGAAAGAAAACCAGGCAAGACUUGGCACAGCUCAGUCAAAUCAGCUCCUUUUGUCUGCUUUCUCAGCUCGAGGAAAGAAAACCGUCCUGGGGUACAGAGAAACUCAGAACUUUUCGGUUUUCAAACUUAGCAGGCUUUUAAAGUCUCUUGGGCUAUUGGAAAGUGCUGGUACACACACUGAUGUUUAGCCACCAGUAUGGAGGGAAAUAAAAGGCUUUUUCAAAACGAACCUUUCCAGUGUCCAUGCCUUUGGGAAAUACUGUACUUGAUUUUUUUGCACGUAUGAUUAGACCAUGAGAGACAGGAAUCAUAGAGAAGAUGGCAAGGCAAAUUUCUAACUAGCAAACAGUCGUUUUUCAACAAAAUAAAGUUUGUUCAUCAAUACAAACCUGCUUUCCAAUCAAAUCCGACAUCCUUUGGAAAUGGGUCAGAACGUAAGUUUUUAGAUUUUUAUUUCCUUUUUUCCCAUUUGUAGACAUUCACUUUUUUUCCUGGAGCCCUUCUCAAAUUUCAUGCAGCCCAGCCAGGAAGUCAGGGUAGAAGUUGGUUUGUCCAUGUGUUUAAGGAAACGGUCUCUUAAAGCCACCGCUGUGAUUUCUGCUGCUUCACGCUGUCCUCCACUCACUCCAGCGAUGAGUGACAACGCAGAGGACCAGAAAGGCCAGCUGGAGACACCAGACUCCGCGUGAAGGGCAAGCACAAAAUCCAAGCACCAUGUCAACGGCAACAGCACAGUCGAACCUUUCCCAGAGGGGACGCAGAUGGCUCUGUUUGGCAUGGGCUGUUUCUGGGGAGCUGAAAGGAAGUUCUGGAACUUGAACGGCGUCUACUCAACUCAAGUUGGCUUCGCUGGCGGCUACACUGUCAACCCUACGUACAAAGAAGUCUGCUCAGGGAAGACCGGUCACGCCGAGGUGGUCCGCGUGGUGUUCCAGCCCGAGCGCAUAAGCUUUGACGAGCUGCUCAAGGUCUUCUGGGAGAACCACGACCCGACCCAAGGCAUGCGCCAAGGCAACGACCGUGGCACCCAGUACCGCUCAGCCAUCUACCCGACGUGCGCCCAGCAGGAGGAAGCUGCCCUGCGGACCAAGGAGGCCUACCAGAAGGUCCUCUCGGAGCAGGGCUACGGCCAGAUCACCACCGACAUCCGCCCGGACCAGACCUUCUACUACGCAGAGGACUACCACCAGCAGUACCUGAGCAAGAUCCCCGAUGGCUACUGUGGGCUCGGGGGCACCGGUGUGGCCUGCCCAGUGGGCAUCAGAAAGUGACCACCACGGCCG